AUGCCAUCCGAUAAUGCUACUCCUCCCAAGUUCCAGUUUCAUGAUCCACAAUGGCCUCUUCAAACAAUCUACCUUUGCCCUUCCGAGAAUCAUUCAAAGAAACAUUUGCAAAACUUGUUGAAUGAGAUCGUUGCGGAUGGAAUCGACAUAGACGGUCCUUUAAAUGCAAAUAAUCAAUCCGGAUCAAACUCAAUGAAAGCCAUCGCAUUCGACAUGGAAUGGAUGGUGCUCAUCAUUGAACUCGUUCAACUGGAUGGACAAAAGUGGAAAGAUACCACCUUUCCUCAGUGUUUAGAAGAUUUAAUCACGAGUACAGAGAUCAUCAAGAUGGGAGUCGGCAUAAUUAGUGAUGAACAAAAGAUCGACCAAGAUAUAUGGAUUGAUAACGCUGCAGCAGAUGUGGUGACGGUUAUAAGGAUUUACAAGCGGUUGAUGUCCUCUGGGCCUGCUAAUCUGAAUGAUGUGAAACCGCUUCUGAAAGCCACCGAGCCACCGCCAAGAUCAGAUCUCCCUUUUGCAGAUCUUCCCAAAAAACCCAAGUCCAAGAAGAAGACACAGGCACCUAAGGGCCCCUCGGUCAAUUCAACCGCUUCAAGUACGCCUGGUGGUAUAUUACGCAGCAGUAAUGGAUGGGUUCUACGAAGAGCUCCUUUUACGCUUGGAUUCCGAAGAUGA